AGAUCGAUGCCGCGCCUGGACAAAGAGACCGAGUCUCAGAUCACCCACAUGCUGCUCAACUGGGCCAAACUUCCGCCCAAAAACAUGGCCAAGUUCCAGCGCCAGGUGAGGUCAGUCUGCUUCUACUACAGCAAAAUCUCCGUCUUUGAGAUGGAUGACGUUAACUCGACCACGGACAUCGAUCUCGCCAUCAUGAAUUCCAUACUGCAAGAUUCCAACAACUUCGAAAAACAGCUUGAACUGGCCAUGAAGUGGAACAGACCUGAUGUCGCCAAAGAAAAGAUCCUAACUGAUGAAGCAAAGAGAACAGGGUCGCUGAACUCCCACAUCCUUCGCCGUCUUAUGCUGGACGCUAUCGCCAGCAACAAAGUGCAGUUUGUGGAGCUGUUCCUCUCCUUCCGGGUGGAUCUCAACGAGCUGCUCACGUGGAACAAGCUGACAGAGCUCUAUCGGGACAAGCCCGAAAAGUUUCAGCUGAUGCGCGUUGACGGUGUGGUCAGCCGCCUCAUGGGACCUACCUACGACUGGACCCCGCUCUACAGUGACAGCCCAGCAGCCCCGAUGGGCCCUGAAAGGCAAGGCUGGAUGCCUGCCACAUAA